AUGACCAUGAACUCCCAGAAACAAAACCGCUGUCUCAGACUUACCAAAAUAUGCCUUCGCUGACUCCCUCGCCGCAUGAUAUGCGUACUUUCCCUUAUGAAACCAAAAAGCCCCCCUAUUCUAGGAAACCUUUCGGCCGGCUCGUCCCGUUAUGCACGACUUACGGCUGAAGUUCGUUGGCCCAAUGAAGGAGACAUAGUACUUGGGCAAUUUUACGUACGAAUCUCGCAGCCGCUAGGCUGUGGGGGGGUACGAAUGCGAGAGCUACGAGUAAUGUUCGUGCCCGAGGUUAAUUCGGCUGGGUAAAUACCCCCGCACAAGUCAAUGUUACGCGUACUCCCCAAAACUUUGGACGGGACUGGCAGCCAAGCUUGAGAUUAAUCGAAAUUGAGAGUCAGAAAGUUAUUCUUGGAAGAACGGUCCAGAUUGAGAUCGAGGAACAUCAAAGAAGAUGGCACCCGAGACUUUUGAACAGAGGAUGGAGAGGGCAUGCAAGGAUCGAGACAUCCCUGGUGCGGUGUUGGUCGGUGGUGAUAGAGGAAGAAACUUCCGCUAUGAGAAAGCAUUUGGGUACAGAAGUCUCAAGGAUCUUUCCAACCCCGACCCCAUGCCCUUGGAUGCAACGAUGUGGCUGGCCUCAUGCACGAAACUUAUAGGUACAAUCACUGCCCUGCAGUGUGUUGAAGUUGGACUGUUAGAUCUCGAUAAGGAUAUCUCGGCGAUUUUGCCUGAACUUGGGCAGCUUCAGAUCUUGAAAGGAUUUGAACAAGGUCCAGAUGGGAAAGACAAGCCGGUCUUGGUGGAGAAUACGAAGGCGAUUACUCUAAGGCAUCUUUUGACUCAUUCUUCGGGCCUAGGCUACGAUUUCUUCAAUCCUGUACUUAUGCGUUACCGCGCAACGCAGGGGAUCACUCCCAGUCUGAAACUAAUAAACCCCGUGAAAGAGGCCUUCACCUACCCUCUCCUCUUCGCACCAGGCGAAGGAUGGGAAUACAGCGUGGGUAUCGACUGGGCUAACUGGGCUGUUGAGCGUGUGUCCAAUAUGUCCAUCGAACAGUACAUGGAGAAGUUUAUCUGGGCUCCCCUCGGUAUCAAGUCCAUGACCUUCCAUCCCAAGACCAAGUCAGCUUGUAUGGAGAAGCUGACCGACAUGAGCGUCCGUUCGGGAGGCCAGAAUCCCAUCUUCGGCAUUCCAGCAGACCCGGAGGGGAAAGUCGAGUACACCGAUGAUCGUGUCUGGAAUCUCGAAUCGAGUACGAUUUCUGCUGGAGCGGGGUGUUACGGCUCUGUCAUCGAUUACCAGAAGAUCUUGCAGAGUAUCUGUGCCAAUGAUGGGCAACUGCUGAAUCCACGCAUGGUGAACGAGAUGUUCAAACCUCAGCUCUCGGAAGCGUCGCGCAAGGCAUGGAUGGCGAUGCUUGCUAUCCCCGAGAUCAACCAGUUAUAUGGCGUACUGCCGCAAGGGAUUCAAACUGAUUGGGGACUGGGCGGGUGUCUGAUUAUGGAGGAUUUGCCGGGCGCGACCAAGAAGGGCACGAUGGCAUGGGGAGGAUACCCAAAUCUGCAAUGGUUUUGCGAUCGGAGUGCUGGCAUGUUGGGCAUCUUUGGAUGUCAGAUAUCCAUGCCAGGAGAUUUGAAAGCAAUUGAGCUGUACAGAGAGUGGCGGAAGGAACUGUAUAAGAAGUCUGGGACGGAGCGGCUGUAGAGGACGCACCACGGAUAUGGCAACCGCGGGGUGUACAUACAGUUGCAGCGUUCAAUUUCAAGAAUAUCACUGAAUUUAAGGCUGCUAUGAGAAGGUUGGGUGGUAAGCGCGUGUCAUGUUAUCGGCAAAUUAUCUGGAGGGAGCUUAAUAUUUUAAUAUGUAGUUUUAAGUAUUUUGUGAGUACACAAACCCCCGC